AUGGCCAGUCGCAAAACACGAAUCCCCCCAGAGUACAAGGUACCCUAUAAAGUCAUCAAAGGUGAGCAUGUCGAAGAGGUGCGAGGAACCACCACGAAUGCGGCCACGGGUGUGGACGAGAAGGAAGUGAAUGAAAUACACCUUCAACGGGCCUUAUCCGGAGACACUCAGGGCUCCGUCCCUGUCCCAGGCGUAAGAGAGGUACUCGAAUCCACGCCCCUCUCCCCCCUCCGCAGGUGGGAAGAUCCGUUCAAGCAUGUUCGCUGGACGGAUACCAUCGAAGCCGUUCUGCGGGAUGGCCUUGCCAACGGCUUCUCCUACUAUAUGGACGAACGAGAUGCAGAGUGGCUACGCGCGAAUAACGAAGCCACACGCUCCGAAUGCGACGAAGAGGAGACUCUUGCGCUCUUUGAUGGUCUGUUUGCGCAGGAAGUCAGGUUCCACCGGAGGCCUGAAUGUCACGGUAGCCGGCCAAACUUCGCUACCCGAAUGGUGGUGUCAGAAGACGAAUUCGAGCUGAUAAUGGGGUUGUACGAGGCCUUGGCACAUGAGAAGGCGCAGACCUUGCAGAACGAGGCUGUCUUCCCAGAAAGUCUUCCGUCUUUUUUCCAGUGUCAACAGGUAUUCUCUAGUGAAUUGUCAACUGCCCUCUUUGCACAGUUCGUCGUACCGCAGUGGAUACCAGAACCCGCGGAGCUCUGCGCAUUGGGAGCAGUCAUUUACUCGUACUGGUGUGAACGUAAGGUUGAACAUGGAGGAAAUAUGAUCAUACCCGUCCUGAGUGACACGAUCUACCCAUGGCCCGAAGACUCGGAGUGGUUAUGGCCCCCUGUUACCCAAGAGCAAGAGACAGCACGGCGCGAAAAACAACAGACGAUACUGCGGCUUGAAGCGCUCCAAGUAACUGCACUAAAUCAGGAGGUGGAACUGCGGCAGGACACCCUUCUGGAGCAGGCCGCUCCGUUACCAUGGGCCAUUCAGCUAGCCACGGCUCUAAGGAAGAUGGAACCGUUGACAGAGGAAUGGACGGAUCGGCUGCAUGGGUCAGCACGUCCCAGAAGUUAUCCAGUACGUCCUACCAUCGUAAUACCGUCGCAGAGUUCGCUGGCUCGCUCCAGCUCAACUCGUCGAACGGAGCUCUCUCUAGAGGCUCUCGACAGCGAACCAGGCGGGAAGCUAACAGAUGCGGAAGAGGAGUGUCGGGCCAGUGGAGAGUGCCUUGAGACGCUCUCUUCCACGCUUGGGCAAACACCCUCUGCCCCCACACAUUUCGACGCGGCCGGAUCAUCUACUGGCUUUACUACACCAACUGGGACGAAUAGACCAAACCUUGGGUCGAGGUCUCUCAACGCCAUCGAUAGCACCAAGGAGUACGGUCUCGGGGAGCCCAUGCAUACUGGUCGUAAUCCUGAUAUUACCGAAGCUUCAGAGCGGCGAAGGGGAAGACGUGCGAUGUAUGAUAAGGACGACGAACCGGCUGGGGCCCAGCCACUCGCGCCGCAGCAUGAGAAUAGGGAAAAUGAAGGUGUCUUCGGCCGUAGCACUGGCGGCAAACACGAUGCGAAUCAAGAGUCUACUAGCCAUUCGUUUGGAGACCUGAUCUUUGCGACUCGACCUUCUGAGGCUACCGGCGAUACAUGCAACAUUUCCCGGAAGCCACUGUCCAACCGCGUUCACCAGCCCGCCCUCGCUAAUCAAGACCCCGCUGACCCUCUGAACGCUUCUGGCCUUAGAGAGAUCCUCUCUUUCGAUCUAAUCCGGAAUAUGCCAUAUUCUAUGUUCAACUUCUACAGCGACUCUACUUCCGCUGGGCCCGGUUCUUUCAACGCCCAAGGAGGUUCUUCGGAGAACACGGCGCCUUGCACGUCCGGUUCCUCUCGCCAAGAUGGUAUCCCUUAUAACGAACCUGCAGCAACCGGACUCUUGACCCCCAGACGUUGCCUUCUAGACUCCUCUCGUUACCCCCCGACGACUAAUUCGACCGGUGCCCAUUCUGAGGCCGAGAACUGCUCCCCAGUUAAGAGUGCAUCUCCCCCGAAGUCCCGCGGGUCUGCGAAGCCAUCCUCACUCUGA